GGCCGGGGGGAACACAGAGAGAGACAGCCAGGAACCCAUUUCAGGCGUACCGUGCCCGUGGCGGGCACACCGGACCGCGCCGGGGCCGGGCCUUUUUCUCUGUUCUGGACCACCCGGAUGGGGCUCUCCGGGCCCCGCCCCGUCUGGCCUAGCCCGGCCUGCCCGAGUCCUGCAAACUCUGAAGGCAGGCUAGCGGGCGGACCCCAGCCACACGUCCUGCCGCCCGCCUGCCAAGGAUCCGGGGAUGGGCAGGUGCCACCCGGCCCGCUCCGGAGUCAGCACUGGGUCUCAACGAGGCUGGGUGACGCUCCAGAAUGGGAGACAAGCCAAUUUGGGAGCAGAUUGGAUCCAGCUUCAUUCAACAUUACUACCAGUUAUUUGAUAACGACAGAACCCAACUAGGCGCAAUUUAUAUUGAUGCGUCAUGCCUUACGUGGGAAGGACAGCAAUUCCAGGGGAAAGCUGCCAUUGUGGAGAAAUUGUCUAGCCUUCCGUUCCAGAAAAUCCAGCAUAGCAUCACGGCGCAGGACCAUCAGCCCACGCCAGAUAGUUGCAUCAUCAGCAUGGUUGUGGGCCAGCUUAAGGCCGAUGAAGACCCCAUCAUGGGGUUCCACCAGAUGUUCCUAUUAAAGAACAUCAAUGAUGCUUGGGUUUGCACCAAUGACAUGUUCAGGCUUGCCCUGCACAACUUCGGCUGACCUCCUCCCAGCCAGGCACUCAUGCUGUUUCCUCCUCCCUCCUCUUCCCGAUAUUAUUCAUGCUCCUCCAGAUGCUCCAAAUAUCAUACACAAAUGAGCAGGGCCGCGGUGGGAGUGGGCGCAGUGCGCUACUGCUGCCGAGGUAUUGUGCAUGAUGUUUGGACGCUAGACUAGUUGCAUCUGACGGGAGAAGUUUGUGUUGUACCAGCGCAUGCCUUGGAAAGACUUAAGUAAUGCGGAAGGUUGUCUUUUUUUUUUUUUUUUUUUUUUUUAAUCUACUGACAAGUUGCUCUAGUAACCCAAAGAAGUGAAGGAGAAAGCAGCUGCCUCACCACCGAGAUAUUGAUUUGUUCAGAUGUUUCAAUGCCUCAUGAUACAAUAAAACCACAAAAAUUUUCUUAACA